UGUGUCCUAUAGUGUAUGGCCUAUCAUCUUGAUCCCGUACAACCUUCCUCCUUGGGUUUGCAUGAAGCAAUCAAAUUUUAUUCUAUCUGUUCUUAUCCCGGGUAAAAGGGCUCCAGGAAAAGAUAUAGAUGUCUAUAUGCAAUUAGUGAUUGAUGAUCUCCUUGAAUUAUGGAAGCCUGGUGUGAUGACUUAUGAUGUAUCUUCUAACAAGAAGUUUCGCCCACAUGCUGCACUACUAUGGACAAUAAGUGAUUGGCUUGGACGGGGAGUAUUAUCUGGAGAAAGUAUAGCAGCAUGCUCCCAUUGUCUCAUAGACACAUGUUCACUUCGGUUGAAACAUGGGCAUAAGACCUGCUAUAUGGGACAUCGUAGAUUCUUAGAUGCUGAUCACAGGUUCAGAUUUCAAGCUAGAUUAUUUGAUGGUACCCAGGACUUUCAUGGGCCUCCAGUUCAACUUUCAGGACAGGAAAUAUCUGAAAUGACAAAAGACAUGGUAACAGUAUUUGGAAAACUACAAAAGGAUAAGAACAAGAAGAGAAAGAGGAAUGAUGAAGCCGAGGAAGUUAAUGAGAAUGACUUAUCAAAAGUAUUCAAAAAGAGGUGUUGCUUAUUUCAAUUGCCAUACUGGAAGACACUUCUUGUACGCCACAACAUUGAUGUCAUGCAUACAGAGAAAAAUGUCUGUGGUAACAUAGUGAAUACAUUUCUUGAUGUUGACAAGAGAUCAAAGGAUAAUUUGAAUGCUCGCCUUGACCUCCAGGAAAUGGGCAUACGACCAGAUCUUCACCCACAGAUAGAGGGGAAUAAAUCAUACAUACCUCCUGCACUAUAUUCUCUGAGUCCAAAUGAGAAAAGGAUGUUCUGUCAGGUUCUGAAAGAUGCAAGGUUCCCUGCUGGAUAUGCAUCCAACUUGCAGAAUAAGGUUCUUAUCGAGGAGAAGAGACUAGUUGGGUUAAAGACUCACGAUUGUCAUAUUAUAAUGUGUGAUCUGCUGCCCUUAGUUGUUAGCAAAAUUUUACCAGAUAGAGUUUCAUUGCCACUCGUUCGUCUAAGCAAUUACUUUAAGAAAUUGUACUCAAAGGUUAUUUCUGUUAGUGAGAUUGAAAGAUUGGAAGCAGAGAUACCUGAGAUUUUGUGCCAAUUAGAAAAGGUCUUUCCUCCUGCUUUCUUUGAUAUCAUGGUCCAUUUGACUAUCCACCUUGCUACAGAAGUAAGGCUUGCUGGACCAGUGCAUUAUCGGAAUAUGUAUCCUAUUGAGAGAUGUCUAUCUAAGUACAAAUCCAUGGUUACAACUCGCAGCCAUCCUGAAGGAGCAAUAGCUGAAGGUUACCAGUUCAAUGAGAGUAUGACAUUUUGCUCACGGUAUUUGCAAAAUACCAACAAUCAACCUUGUGCCUCAGCAAGCCAUCUACCAUACUUAAAAAUAGUUGGUCUUCCUUUGUCGGGGCCUUCUGCUUGUGAAUUGUCCUACAUAACUUGGAUCCAAGCUCACCGAUAUGUCUUGACGAAUUAUCCUCAUAUUAUUCCAUUUGUCGAAGAACAUCUAAAUGAGCUAUCUUCAAAUAAACGAAAAAAUAAACGUGAAAUUGAACGUGCCCAUCAUAGCAGCUUCCACAAUUGGUUUUCAGACCAUGUUCAAGGGUUGAUAUCUAGGGGUAAGGAGAUCUCUGAUGAAGUGAAGCUCCUAGCACACAAGCCUUAUAUGAUGGUCAAAAAGUACAACAGCUACUCUGUAAAUGGUUACACAUUCCACACAAGGGGUUAUGCUGAAGGCAAAGCCACUCAAUGUGAUGCAGUAGCACUUGUAGCAAAAACAUCUAGUUUUUCAAGUUCAAAAGAUAACAACCCAUUUAUAGGAGAUGUUGCUUAUUAUGGCCGUAUAGUAGAAAUAAUUGAAUUAAAUUACUCAAAUACAGGACAUGUGGUUUUGUUCAAGUGUGAUUGGGUUGACAGUGUACAUCAAGGUAGAGGGGUCCGAAAGAACAAAUUUGGGACAACACAAGUGAAUUUCAACAAUCUACUUAAUAGUGGUAACGACGUCUUUGAUGAGCCAUUCAUCUUAGCAACACAAGCGACCCAAGUUUAUUAUGUACAAGAUCUUUUUGAUACGGACUGGUAUGCUGUGCUUGAUGCAACUCCAAGAGAUUAUUUUGAUAUGGGUGCUAGAAUUGACGACAAUGAGGAUGAGAACGAUUCAUAUAAUCCCACAGAACCUCAACCUUUACCAAUAGAAAAUUUGAGCAAUGAUAUACCUAUUGAUCAUGAUGAGGAUGAAAACUGGAUUAGGAAUGAUAUUGAUGGGACCACUGUUGAUCUACUAAGUAAAGAUGGACAAAAAAAGAGCAAGAGGAGAUGUCAACAGGAAGCUGACAGUGUUUAUGCCUGUGACUGGUUUCCUUAAAAUAACUCCCUAAUUCAUUUUUCUUAGCAAAAUGGAAAAAGAAAACAGCCCUCCAACAGUUUUGAAUCUGAAUUCACUAAAAACAAGCACUUG